GGUUAAGAGCUAUAUUUCGAUCAAAGAAUUAUGCAUUAUUUUUCAUUAACCGAACUCUAAAGGAAGCAUGAUUGCACUUGCAUUCUAAAUUUUCACUUGCCAACAAUAAUUUUAUAUCGCAUGCGGUGUUCCACGCCGUCAUCACUUAUGUACUUGCUUCUUUACGUUUAGAUGGAUAGACAUGGAAUGUUCGCAGGAGCAACCGACAGAAAAGACUACCAGAAUAUCGGACAGCCCCAAAGUGGAUGAGGCAUCUAGAGAAGACCUGGUCAAGCAGGUGAAGCUACAGGUGGAGCUACUUCAGAAAGCUAAGGCAAAGUGUGAUGAUCUCAACAGGAAGUGUCAGGAGAAGGACAAGGCCAUUGAAGAGCUGCGCCAUGCAUACCAGUCACUUCAAGAAGCGCAGGAGCAGCAGUUCUACUCGUUUGAGGUCUUGGAGGAGCAGCUAGCCACAUCUAAUGAGAAUCUAGUCGGGACGUGCCACAACUACCAGGAAUGCCUGGAGAAGUUGCAAUGCACAGAGUCCAAGAUGACAGCUUUCACCCAAGGUACAGAGUGCCUUCAGCAAGAGCUACAUUGCCUUGAGGCUGAAAACCGGGUAGCCAACUCCAAAGUCGAAGAGCUGUCCCAGUCACAGAAGCAGCUUCAGGCAGAACGGGCCGUUCUGCAACAGCAGCUGGAUGCACUUGUGCAAGAUAAAGCCCAAGAAGCUGCUGGUUCAGAGGCCAUCCUGGAAGUGUCACAGAGCCACAUGAAGCAGAAGAUUGAGGAACUGCUGUCCCAGUGCAGUGCCCUAAUGCAAGAGCGUGACAUGUGCAACUCAGCUCGGGAGGCUCUGCUGCAGCAAGCAGAGAGUGCCAAUGAAGAGGCAGCCAACCUUCGGCAGAAGAUCUCUGCGCUGCUGGAGGAACGGUCCUCACUUGAGAAUCAACGGGAUGAGAAAAUGAACGAGUGUAUUCUACUGCAAGAAGAGAAGCAUGGUUUGGAGAGGCAGGUGUCUGACCUGUAUCAAACAAAGGAGGACCUUGAGGCGAAGGAGAAGGAAUUUGCCGAGAUCCUGGACGACAACAGCAGCCUGGAAAAACUGCUUGCUGAAGCUAUGAACGAGAACACACAACUGCAGGAGAGUGUCAACAGCCUGCAAGUUAAACUUGUUGAGACGGAAGCUGAGAAACAGAGGCUUGCUGAUGAGCUAGAAACAGCCCGAAACUUAGCAUUCAGUGAAUCUCAACGAUUGGAGGACGCCAUAAGAAACCUGGAGGACAAACUUGCAAAUCAAAUUGAGAAGCACCAAAAUGUGGAGCAUGAGUUGGAAGUUUCUCUUUGCCAGCAGAUUGAAUCGGAAGAGCAGAGAAAAAAAAACACCAGGUGUGUUCGAUGUUCAGAGGAACUGAAGCGGCUUAAGGACACAAAUAAAGAACUCUAUGACGCAUUGCAAGAAUCAAUGAGCAAGGCAUUUUCGAAAGAGAUCGAGGUUAAGCAGUUAGUAAUAGAGAAACAAAAGCUUGUGGAUGAGCUGGAAGAAGUGAAAGAUUUCUACGACUUUCAGAAAUGGGAUGUCAGCGAUCUUCAGCAAGAAUGUGAGAAGUUGAAAGCUCAGGCAGGGCGUCUGGAGGCCGAUCUUGACAAUGACAGGCUGCACACUCAGAAACUCGAGCAUGAGCUGGAAGCUGCAGAGUGCAGGGACCAGCAGUCACUACGAGAAGUGGAGAUGUUGCGCCUGCAGCUGAAGGAUAUGGCCCUGCAUGCUUUGAAGUACCAAGAGGCCUUUCGGGACAUAGCUCCUGCCAAUAUGGAGCCACACGUAUUGUUAAAGGCAUUUAAUCGAAUCUGCCAACUCAUUCUAGAAGCAGCUGAGCGAAAUUUGGUGGAUAUUCAAGUGGAAGGCCUGCUGCCAGGAUUGGGGGCCACACUUGUGCUGAAUGAUUAUAGUGAUGAUUGUGGGGCUGGUGGUGAAAAUCUUGGAGAGGACAGUGCAGGUGCAAUUUCUGCUGAGGCCUAUGAGCGCCUCAAAAGGGAAACAGAAAGAGUGCAGGAACAACUGCGUGCAAACAUGAAGGCUGUAGACCUCCUUCAGUUUGAGAAGCAAGCUAUAGAAGAGGAACUGAUGCUUGAGAAAAGCAGGAAAGACUGCUUAAACAAAGAACUUGACGCAUCUGCACAUCAAGUAUGCUUGCUGGAAGAGAAAGUAGCCGACUUGGAAUCACAGUUUCAAGCCCAAGUUUCAGGUCUUAAAAAUGACUUAGAACAAAAAAGAAGGGAGCUUAAAGAAAAAGAUCAGUUCCUUGCACAUACUCUUAGACAGGCUGUAACAAUCAGGAAAAACUAUGAAGACCUUGAAGGCAUUAAACAGGAGCAUGCUAGAGUUCUGGAUGAAUUGUGUGUAUGUGACUCUUCUAGGAAAAUAAUUUCAAAAGCUCAAGAAAAUUUCAAUUCAUUGCUGCAACAAUACAUGGAGUUAAGAGCUUAUUGGAACAAGUUGGAAAUAAAUCUGAAAAGGGCUAAUCAGAUAACACCACCAGAUCGGGAAGCACCAAACCCAGCUAUUAGUAGUGAGCAUUUGGAAACGGAGGAAGUUGGCACUGGCGAAGUGAUAACAGCUCCAGUACUUGGUGAAAGAGGGUGGGAAGAUGUUGAGAUCAAACGGUGUUGCACAGACUUGCAAAGUGGAGUGGAAGGCACGAGAGAUGCAGACAGACAUUCUUCUGAAGAUUGCUCAUCUCUAAGAGCACACUUGCUGACUAGUACGGAAACACAGGAAUGUAUUUGUGAAGAAGUUUCUAAACUUAAAGCAGAACUGCAGGCAAAAUCUAAGCUCCUUGACCGAAUCCAUGGCGAGCUAGAUGACCAGUUGGAGCAGUCUGAAAAACUAGAGGCAUUGCUGAUGGACAGGAACAGGUAUUUACAAGAGUGCAAAAGUGAUGUUGUGAAGAAAGACUGUGAACUAGCAGGUUUGACAUUGGAAUUGUCUCACCUGAAGGACCAACUGAUUUUUUAUGAGAAGGAAUGUGCCAGGUUGUGUGCUGUCUUUCAGCCUGAAUCUAAUAAUGAAGCUGGCAUGGAGCAUGAUAUGCUGCGUGAAUGGUACAGUGCUCACAGAACCAUGCUGAAACUUUUGUCUCGGCUCAUUGUGCAUGCUUCAAGGCAGCAGAACCCACAAGUCUUUUCAGAUGGAAAUGGAGACUCAGAUGUGCUCUCUCAAGCAAGAUGCAUGCACACUGCAUUGUCAGGAAAAUUGGAGUCUGUUUCUUUUAAAGAAGAGCCUUCUUCAUCACUUUAUUGUAUUAUCACAAGAGCAGUGUGCAAAGAUUUGGCUACUGAAUUGGCUCUUAUAAAGAGCUUUGAGCAAAUGCUGGGCACCAUUUCUGUUGGUGGGCCCUUUAGUAAAACACGUCUAGUAGAGCCUGAAGCUGAAUCUGAAGUGGAGGUGCAACGACGCGACAAAGAGAUUGCCUAUCUGCAGAGCUCAGUCCAGGAAAAAGAAGACAAGCUGACGAAAUAUAAAGCCUUGAUCAUUAAGUUGAAGAAAGAAGUGGCAGACAAGAGCAAACAGGUGAACUUCGUGGAAAGAGAGUUGUCUGAUAUGAAGCAGGAACUUGAAAAAAAUGCCCAAGCAUCUAAACAGUCUGUACAGAACUUUCAGAGUCUUCAGAAUGAAUACGACAACCUGCAAGACCAAAAUGAGGCCACAAGGUCAUUGUGCAAGGAGCUGGAGGUCAAGGUGGCAUCUGCCGUCAACGAGCUGGCUGAAGCUAAGUGUGCACUUGCUGAUGCUUCUGCAGAAAAAAACAAGCUGAAGCAAAUCAUUGAAGUGCUCACUGCAGAGGUGAAGGCUUGGGAGCAUUGCAAGGCAGAAUUGGAGGGCAAGCUGACCUCAGCGGAGUCUCAAGCUAGUAGUGCUAAGGAACAAGAGGAGAAGUUGCUGUGCCACAUCAAGGUCUUGGAGGAGCAGCUCUCGGAGGCCAACAAGCAAAUGCUUGCUGAAAAGGAGCAGCUUGCUAGGACUGCCAUGCAACUGGAGAAAGUGCAGAAGGAGACUAAAAUGCACACACUUCAGAACCUGGAGAUUGCCGACUAUGAGCACACUGUAACAGAACUGAAUAACCUUUUGAAGGAGAAAAAUGAUGAGCUAGACAACACUAGGAAAGAGUCGUUGGCUUACCAGUCCAAAAUUACCAACCUUGUUGAACACAUUGGUUUCCUGGAGAACCAGAAAAAAGCAGAUGAUGAGCUAGUACUGGCCUACAAGGAAACCGUAGCCAACUUUAAAGAGGAGCUGUCAAAGAGCCGGAAAUGUGAAGAAGAGUUUCAAGAGGCUGAGGUGAGGCUUGAGUCCGAACUAGCCCAGCUGAGGGAGGAGGAGUUGAAGGUUCCUUACCAGCUUGUUUUCCUUGUGACGCAUCCCGCGGACCGCCGCACCGAUCAGCCAGUGCUACAGUGUACUGAUGAACUGGCUCAUUCACUGUUCGGCCCUCGUCAAGACAACAUCGAAGAAACUCGUGGGAGAAGUGUCCACAUGCUAAGAAAAACUGGCACAUCGGCACACGACACUCAGUGGCACUGCACUGGCUGCUAUGCGGCCAACAGUACCAGCAAUAGCCCAAACACUACGGUGAGAGUGAGAAAAGUGACCACUUUCUGUGAAUAACGCUUCGGCAAGCCA